UGUAAAUACAGUGUACAUAGAUAUGAGCACACAAAAUCGAAGCAGCGGCGGCAGUCGCAAUCAAAAGAAAUCAAACUCUGGAAGUGGUGGUGGUGGAGGGGGUGAUUCCUCAGUCAUACAUUCUCACAAGAAAACAGAUUUAAUCAAAACAGAAAAAGAGAAAUCUCAUCCAACGCCAACUGCUGAACAACUCCGCAUAGCUCAGAUAAUUGAAGCCAAUAUAUCGGAAGAUCCACAGAUGCGCGAAAAGGUCUUCACACUUAUUGAAAUGACCCAGCGUUCCGAAGAGGAGGUGUGUUGUGCUUUAAAUGAGUGUGACAACAAUUUGGAGCGGGCUGUAGUAUUUCUUUUAGAAACCUUGCCAGUGGGGGCAUUUGAAAGAUCUUCGAAGAAGAAAAAAAACAAAGCUGCAAAUGCUGUACAGGACAAUGUUGGCGAUGGUGAGUGGGUCGAUAAUAAUGCCAAUACGGACAAACGUGAGAAGUCACGUAAUCGGAACAAUAAUCGUAAUGGUCGCGGUGGGACCGACAGUCGUGGUUGGCGGGGUAGAGAGGCACGUGAAAAUGAACGUAAUUCAAGAGGAUUAGAUCGUGAUGACCGCACUAAUGAUAAUUAUCGAAGCAACCAACGUGGAGGUGGUCGUAGUGGCCGUGGUUCCGGCUAUGUGGGACGGCGUGGUGGUGGCCGAGUCGGCGCUGGUCGAGGCGCAGGCGGACGCGCAGAUCGCAAUGAAUACGGUUCGCGUUACAAUGCAAAUGAUGACCAUCAAGAAGUUGAAUUGUGGGACAACACCAUAGCACAAAACGCGGAAAAAUUACAGCAGCAAACGCAAGAUGAUGCUUGGGGUGACUGGGAUAACGAAGAAUAUGUCGGCUCUCUCAAAAACAGUAAGGUAUUCACGACAAGCAAUCUACCUAACCAAACGGCAGCUAGUGUGCUUAGUGGCACUGUGAACAGCAGCGGAUCUGCUAAUAGUGCUGCGGAGCUAACGGCACCACCAGGUCUGGAACACCAUCUGGGCACUUCAGUUAUUGGUGGCGGAACAACAACAGGGCAGUCGCAGGGAUCUCAUUUGAAUGCUUUAGUUGGCAAUGCCGUUGGGGCUGGCUCUAGUCUGGUAGACGACAGCAGCAGUGGUAUGACGUCUGCAAAUGUACUGCCGUCGGCCAACACUACUCCAUUAAUGCAGUAUAGUGCUGCUGUAAGCAGUACUCCACAACUACAGCAGCAAACUAUUGUUGGAGGCGGUAGUAGUAGCUUGAUGAAUAGUAGCAACACACAAUACGCAAAUGCAACGGCCACACAAUUUGGCGCGACUGUGGACAGUUUUACUAAUGCUGCAAACGCAGCAGCUAAUUUGGUGCAACAAGUUCAGCAGCAGCAACAACAACAACAACAAUUGACGCCACAGCUAAAGACUUCAGCGACUCUAUCCGCCGAACAAUCGCAGUAUUUUAAUUCGUUAACAUCACAGAGCGCUGCCGCAAAUGCAGUAGCGGCCGUGGCUAAUGUUCAGCAGCAACAACAACAGGUGCAACAAAUGUCAAAUUAUGGGCAGAACCCUGCUUCAGUUCAAUAUCAAACCUCAUAUGCCAAUGUAUUUGGUUCAGCGGCAACGGGUAAUGCUGCUGGUACGGAUCUUGCAGCCCAGCUGGGUAGCAAUCAGCAGCCGCAAGUGCGGAGGGCACGUGCUAAGCUACCGCCGCCUUCAAAAAUACCCUCGACAGCUGUUGAAAUGCCUGGUGAUUCUUUGAAUAACAUUGGUUAUUUGGAUGUACAAUUUGGUGCUUUAGACUUCGGUACAGAGGAUACGUUCGAGAACAUACCUGAUAAGUUUAAUACAUCAGUUACAAUUGAAGCUCAACAGCAACAGCAACAGACGCAGCAGCAGUCGCAGAAAGGUAUGGUCCAGACGCCACAAGAUGUGGUUACAUCGUAUGAAAGCCAAACAAAGGCGGGUGUUUUGGCACAGCAGCAACAACAAGUAACGCAACAACAGCAGCAGGUAUCAUUGUCAACUGGGCUACAAGGUAGCCAUUUGGACUCCUUAUCGGCGGGUUACACGCAGCGACCGUCUCAGCAACAACAACAAGUGCAACAACAGGUUUCAGGAGUUGGUAGCUCCGGUACAGUCACAGGCAAUGUUGCUUUAGAUCAAUUGACCAAAAACGAUCCUUAUAGUCAGACUAACAGUAAUGCUGUGGUGGCUAGCGGCUAUCAAAGUGCCUACCAAGGUAGUGCAAAUGUUGCCAAUAAAGCUGCCGUAAAUGUGUACCAACCAUCCGUGGCCACACAAGGUUACAACAAUUCUAACUAUGGCAAUGUACAGUCUUCGGUUGCUAAUACUUACCAACCUCAGACUUAUGGUUCUUAUCAACAGAAUUCUGUGAAUUCGUAUCAGCAACACCAACAACAACAACAAGUAACAGCUAAUGCACAAGGUGCGUCAAAUGUUGCGGCCUCUGGUUCAGUAGGUGGCGGUAGUACAACGCAAAACAUUCCCUCAGUUGGUGGCAGCGGCAGUAAUAAUACAACGGCAAAUGCAAAUACGAGCUAUUUGUCGUCAGCCUAUGGAUCCCAACAGAAUGCCUACCAAGCUGGCCAGAGCGUUUAUGGUAACGCUGGUCUAUCGAAUAAUACCGGAUAUUCCGGUAACACAAACACUUCAUCGACUCAGUACAGCAACUUUAGCGCUAGCGCAAAGUUAAAGGAGACAUCAGCUUCAUCAAAUCCAUCACAUUACGAAAGCGUUUCAUCUGGCAAUGCAGUUAGCAACAGUGGCUCGGCAGUUAAUGCCGUUACGAGUGCGGUCAAUUCGGGUAAUGCUCCCCCAAAUAAUAAUAACAACAAUAAUAGCGGCGUCGGUAGUAAUAGUCAAACUGGCGCAAGUUCGGGUGUUACUAAUACCGGUUCAAAUGUGGCCUCGGCUGUUAACGUAAAUGCUGGAACAGCCAGUAAUAGCAAUAGUAAUAAUGCAUCAAAUGUGUCCAAUAAUAGUAGCAGUACUGGUAGCGGUGUUGUAAACAGCAGUACCGGUGCUGCAUCAUCAGUAGUAGCCGCUGCAGCAGCAGCUGCUGCUGUUUCGUCGGCGACAAAUAAAAAUAGCGGUGGCGUUGCUGGUAGUGCAGCAGCGGCCGGGGCCGGAGGUGCUGGUAGCGGAAUGGUUCCCAACAUUCAAAUGGUUAGUCAAUAUAUACAGACUUCAUUGCCAUACUAUCAGCAACCAGUUUAUUCUUAUGAGGAUUUACAAAUGAUGCAACAGAGAGUACCACACGUGCAAGGUUAUUACGAUUUGAAUUACACACCCACCAGUUUAGGAGCCGGCCGUGAUAAUUUAGGUUCAGUAGCGUAUUCAGCAAUGACUGAUGGUCGUUUCGCCAGAACUGACAAUAAUUCCAGCCCUGUUAGUAAUGUUUCCAGCACUAUGUCACAACAAGCCGGUUCUAGUGGACCAAUGCUUAAUGUUCCUUAUGCUUACUUUUAUGGUGGUAACGUAAUGCCGGGUAGUUUUCAAUAUGGCACGCCAGCCAUUUAUCCGCAAAUUCCAGCCGCCAAUACUGCAUCAGGUGGUCAAUUUCCAAAGCCAUCGUAUAAUACGGGUUAUGGAUCGACAAAUUAUGAUGCUCUCUCGCAGGCUUCGCAAGACUAUACAAAAGGCACUUAUCCGUCGAGUGUUAAUCAACAAACAAAAUCUCAAAAUGUUACAAAUCCCCCUCAAGCAGGUACCGCCUCAGAUAUUACGUCAUCCAUGUAUGGUAAAGGACAUGUAGCGCUUAAUAAAGUCAAUUCGUACGAAAAGCAGAAUUUUCAUUCUGGUACUCCACCACCAUUUAAUAUGCCUAAUACGCAAGCCGCUGGAGGUACUUCGGCUCAGCCAUAUGGCAUGUAUUUACCUACCAUGCCGGCUGCCGGACAUCAUAUGAUUCACCCACCCAUACAUCAGAUGGACGGCAGGAUUCACAAUUCAUCCCGCCGGGAUUCCAACAGCACUGGCCAACGCCAACCGAAUAGUAGUCAAACUAAAUCGGCUGCUAAACAAGGUUACUCACCCUCUUAUUGGACUGGUCAGAACUGA